AUGAAGCUAGUCUCAGCAUACACGUUGAUAGGGGCAGCGAUCGGCAGCGCCUCCCGGGUUCCCCGGAUCCCGCGACAAGGCGGCGGUAACACCAUGAUCGAGUGUGCCCCGAUCCCGUCCCCUUUCCCGACCUGGCAAGAGCUCCCGCUGCAGUCGUCGAUGCCGGACCCCUUCCUCCCGCUCGCGUACACCACGCCCGAUAACGCCGCGGAUGUCGUGGCCGGCAGGGGCAAGGGCAGGGUGCAGACUCCCGAGGAGUGGUACCGGUGCCGGCAGCCCGAGAUCAUUCAGCUGCUGCAGGAGUACCAGUAUGGCUACUACCCGGACCCCUCCGAGGAGAAGGUCGAGGCCACGCGCAGCGGCAACACGCUCAACAUCGUCGUGACGGCGGGCGGCAAGCAGGGCAGCUUCAGGGCGACCAUCUCGCUGCCCUCCGGGGCUUCCGCGUCGAACCCGGCGCCGGUGGUGAUCAACAUUGGCGGGAUGCAGAACCAGCCAUAUCUGAGCGCGGGGAUCGCCGUUGCGCAGUUUGACUACACCACCGUAUCGCCGGAUAGCAAUGCGAAGACGGGGGCUUUCUGGAGUAUCUACAACGGGAGGGACAUUGGAGUCCUGACGGCCUGGGCCUGGGGCUUCCACCGUACGCUGGAUGCCAUCAACCUGACGGUCCCCGAGAUCGACGCGGCCCGGGUCGGCGUGACCGGGUGCUCGCGCCUGGGCAAGGCGGCGCUGGCGGCGGGGCUCUUUGACAAGCGCAUCACGCUCACCAUGCCCAUGUCGUCGGGCGUCCAGGGGGCGGGGCCCUACCGGUACUACGACAUGAGCGGGCAGGGCGAGAACCUCGAGAACAGCAAACAGGGCGCCGGCUGGUGGACCAACAGCAAGCUGGGCACCUUCGUGAACCACGCCCAGAACCUGCCGUACGACGCCCACACCAUCGUGGCGGCCAUCGCGCCGAGGGCCGUCAUCAUCGACCAGGGCACCGGCGACCCCUUCGUCAACAGCAAGGGCACCGCCGUCGUCGUCUACCCUGCGGCCAAGGUCGUCUAUGACUGGCUGGGAGCGGGUGAAAACAUUGGCAUCAGCGUGCGCGGGGGCGGGCACUGCGAUCUGAGCGGCUACACGGCUAUCCUGCCGUACGUCCAAAAGAUCUUCUUUGGGACCCCGACAGACAAGGACUACAACAACCUCGGCUCGUACGGCUCACCCGUGUCGUCCGCCUUCCCAUGGGCGACGGCGGUUCCCGGAGCUUGA